AUGGUGGUUCAGAGAAACACAGAUGUUGUGAAAUUAAAUGAAUUAGAACUGUCUGUGAAAACUAUUACACGUGAAAAUGAUGAAAUAAGAGCCGCAAUGAUCGAAAUGAAAGCUGUUAAUUCUAGUCUUAAAGAGGAGCUUUUAGAUGUUAAGUGUAGAGCAAUGAGAGACAAUUUGGUUUUUACAAAUAUCGAUUACACUGAGGGUGAAGACUGUGAAAAUGUAUUGCGCUCCUUUAUUCGUGACAAACUUGAAAUCAGAGAGGAGAUUCAAUUUGAACGUGUUCAUCGUUCUAGACCACACUCUAGCAAAAAUGUCAGAUUUGACAAGGGAGGUAAACCAAUCCCCCGACCCAUCAUUGCUAAGUUUAGUUUCUUUAAGGACAGGGAGAGUGUUCGUAAAUCGAGACGAUUUCUUAAGGGCACAAACUUUGGUAUACAUGAACAAUUCCCGGAGGAGAUUGAGGAUAAACGUCGCCCAUUGUACCCGAUACUACGACACCCAAGGAGGGAAAAGAAAAAGGCGGUAUUGGUCAAGGACAAGUUAUACGUUGAAGGAGAGGAAGUCAAAGCUGAUGCCUACCAUAUUAAAAACAAAGGCCAAGGAAAUCAACCAAACACCGACGGACCACAUUCACAGGUGUCAGCAUAG